CUCGCUUUUCACACCCUCACUGGAUAUAAAUAGUUCGAAGACUACUACCCUUGCUCCCAGGUUCUCAAUAAUUUAACGAUAUCCUUGAAAUAUUCUAUCAACCCUUCCUGUUAGAAUAUACACUCAAAAUGCUGUCCCUAACAAACAUCCUAACCCUCCUAACCGUCGCAACAUCCGCGCUCGCCACACCCCUCCAACCCCGUGAGAAAAAGCUCGCCUUCCACCUCCACGACAUAAACUACUCAUCCUCCAUGGUAUACUCUACUCCAGCCCAUCUCGCCACUUACGGAGGCACUAUUGCGUUCAACCUCAGCAACGCAGCGGUUCCGUAUGUAACGAAGUGUUCAGCGUAUGGUAUGCAUUUGCAGGAUAUGUUCUAUGGGGAGAUUGUGUACACUUGCGAUGCUCCCGCGGGUUCUACCGGAGUUACGAGUUUCACAUAUUCGAGGCCCGGGAAUGAAUUUCAGGUUAAUCAGACCUGGACAGGUUAUGAUGGGAAAUCCUACUUCGGCCGAGGUUCCGGAACAGCAGACCUAAAAUGCAAAUCCGUGUAUUGGCAGAAUUCGAAUUGGACAAUGGGACAGCUAUAUUCGACAACGACGGUUACCUGUGAACCAGCCCAGUUAACGAUUCUGCCAACGGUUAUAGAGACGUAGUGACUUGUUGGAUCAAUGAUGAACAGGCCGGGGCAAUAGAACCAGUUUUUUUGGAAGUUGAUGAGAUGUUCAAGGUCGUAUCUGUAUAUAUGCAUCCAUAUCCAGAGUAAAACAUGAAAGGAUUCCAGUGAUUUGGCCUAUUCUGGUCUAGCUUCUCAGAGUUGGAUGUCUCGGCCUUUCCUCACCACUUGCG